GGCCUCCUUGCAGGACCCACUGCAGAGGCUGAGCUCCGCUGAAUCGCUCCGCUGUUAUUAUGAUGAUGUCGGCGACGGGGCGACACCCAGACAUUGUGCGGCAAAACAGGCAAAUUACGCGCAGCGUCGCGGCUAAUGAGUGAGUGCGCAUCGAGGGAGCAUCAUGAGUCACGACUGAGGUGCAGGAUGUCUUUCAAGAAGGAAACACCCCUGGCUAACGCCGUGUUCUGGGCAGCGAGGAAGGGAAACCUGGCCCUGCUGCAGCUGCUGCUCAACAGCGGGAGAGUGGACGCCGACUGCCGAGACAGCUAUGGAACAACAGCGCUGAUGGUGGCGUCAUACGGCGGCCAUUACGACUGCGUCAAAGAGCUCAUUAUGCAAGGAGCAGACAUCAAUUACCAGAGAGAGACAGGUUCUACAGCUUUGUUCUUCGCCUCGCAGCAGGGACAUCACGACGUCGUCAAGAUGCUGUUUGAGUUCGGGGCCUCCACUGAAUUACGGACAAAGGAUGGCGGCACAGCUCUCACCGUUGCCUCCCAGUACGGCCACUCCACGGUGGUGGACAUCCUGCUGAAGAAUGGAGCCAAUGUUCAUGAGCGGCUGAAUGAUGGAGCUACACCUCUGUUCCUCGCUGCCCAGGGCGGUCACGUGACCGUGAUCCGUCAGCUGCUGGGUUCCGGUGCCAAAGUUAACCAAGCCAGGGAGGAUGGCACUGCACCCUUGUGGAUGGCAGCUCAGAUGGGUCACAGUGAGGUGGUGAAGGUCCUUCUUUUACGUGGAGCAGAUCGAGACGCAGACCGAGUGGAUGGAUCAACGGCAUUAUUCAAAGCAGCGCUGAAAGGACACAACAGCGUCAUCGAGGAGCUGCUUAAAUUUUCUCCUACGCUUGGCCUUCUCAAGAAUGGCUCCACCGCCCUCCAUGCUGCUGUCAUGAGUGGAAAUAUUCGAACUGUUCUGCUGCUGCUUGGAGCCAACGCUGACCCCACUUUACCCAAUCAGCAUAACGAACUCCCGUCUCAUCUAACUAAGAGCGAUCGCAUUCUGAAGGUUUUACGUCAGAAAGUUGUAAACAGGGACAGUUGAUGAAAGCCCAGGCCCUCCUCCAUCACGUUGGACUCUGCAACUCUGACAGUGUGAUGUGAGGAGGGAGAGCAACAGCGUUAACAGUGUCAAAACUACUCCACUGCAACUUGUACUGUACACAGUUCUUGGCUAUUGAUAGUGGCUGAAAUAAAGCUGUGAAACAAACCUGAACUGGAUGCAAAAUAACACGAAACGCUUUGGCCCUCUUUAUGCUCUUGUUCCUCAGCACAUGCAUUUAUUGGUUUACCUCUGAUGAUGGAGGAUGUAUGCAUAUUUUGCACACAAUUAAUUUGCUUUUUUAAAUAAAUGUCAUAAAUACAAUAUCUGUGUUGAAUAUUUGCUCUGGUAAAAUCAUAGGCCUUGUAAUGGAGAACAAUAUGAAGACACAACAAUAAACAACAUUAUCCCAUAAUG